ACUACAACAAUGAAUACAAAUAAAAUACAAAAAUGUGUUGGAAAGGAUGGAUUUCAGAGAAUGAAUUAUCUUUACCAGAUUUGCAAUAUUAUGAUAGCUGAAAAUGAAGCACAGCAUUCUGCCGCAAAUUUUUAUUCAAAUCUUCUCAUUGGCGUAUCAAGGAAAACAGUACAAAGGAUGGAAAUAGAUAUGAAAAGAACAAUUUGCAAAUCUUGUAGGUGCCUAAUGAUUACAGGAAUUACCUGCAGAGUAAGAAUAAAAAAGAAAAAGUUGAUAUAUACUUGUUUGAAAUGCCAUACAAAUAAAGUGUUUCUGACAUUAAAAAAUGAUUAUCAAUGUUGGACUCAGACAAAUCAAAGUCUAACAAACAUUUUUGAUUAUUCCAUGGAAAAAAAUAGAGAAGUUGACAAUACAAAAAAUUAAUGAGAGGCAAAUAUACACAAAUUUAACACAGAAAACAGGACUGAUAUUUAAUAAUAAAAUAUGUAUGUGGAAACAUAAGACAACGCAAUUGUAGUUAUCAUUUAUUAAAUAAUGAGAAAAUUAUA